AUGGGCUCCUCAAGCCUCCUCGAAUCGUUUGGCGACGCCGUCAGCCAAAACGGCCGCGCCUCUCGGCACCACCACGCGAGCGGCAGCACCCGCCGCCACAAGAAGCGCCGCUCCUACUCCCACUCGCCCUCGCGAUCGCGCUCUCGGGACCGGUCCCGCGACCGCGACCGCUCCAGGUCUCGCUCUCGCUCGCGCACCCGCGGCUUCUUUAGCGAAGGCGGCGGCGGUCAUGGCCAUCGCAGGAGCACCGGCUCCCGAGGCUCCUUCUUUGGCGUGGGCGGCAACCACAGCCGCUCCAGCUUCUUCGGAAGCAGCCGCCCGUCGUACUACAAACGCUCCCCCCGCGAGGGCUUCGUCCAGCGCUGCAUCAAGCAGCUCAAGCGCCUCCUCCGCGACCUGCAGCACUACGCCAAGCGCCACCCCUGGAAGGUCUUCUUCCUCGUCAUCCUGCCCCUCGUCACCGGCGGCGCCCUGACCGCCCUGCUCGCCCGCUUCGGCCUGCGCAUCCCGCCCGCCCUCGAGCGCAUGCUCGGCGUCGCCAAGCGCGCCGCCACCGGCGACCCCUUUAGCGCCGUGGGCGACGCCGUGCGCAUGGCGGGCGAGUACGGGCACCACGGUAACGCCAGCGGCAGCGCUGCUGCGUAUGCUGCUGGCGCUGGCGGUGCUGGUUCUGCGCUUGCGAAGAAUGGCCAUGCGUAUGCUCGCGGGGCGACUCGUGUUGAGCGGGGGCGGAGCGGUGAUGUGCGGUGGGAGCGCAGGGCUACUACUUAUUAUGAUGAUCGGGAGCGUGAGGGCGGCUUUAUGGAUGGCAUUCGCAAGGGAGUGUCCAAGAUGUUUUCAUGA